GUGAAUUUUAAGUUACUCGUGCGUUUUACAAAGCAAGAUGGCAGACAAUACUGAAGUGGACAUGGACCCAAGUGUUGAAUUCCUAUAUAAAACAAUGCUGCAGAGAGACCCAAGAAAAAGACGAGUAAAGCCUGUACAGAAACACCUCAUUCAGGUGGACUUUGGUGGAGCUGAUGAUAGUGAUGACAGUGAUUUUGAACUUGACAAGCAUAAGAAAGGACUUGAUGAUUCUGAUGAAGAUGAUGAUAAUCAACAGUCGUCUGAUGAUGGAGAUGAUGAUGGUGGAAGUGAAGAAGAAAAUGAAGAUGAUGAAGAGUCUGAAGAAGACAUCAAAAAGAAAAAGAAGAAGGAAAGUUUUGUGGAAGAAGUCAGUGUUCAAGAGGAAUCUGAAAGUUGUUUAUCCAAAGAGGAUGCCAUGAAAACAGAGAAGACUGAUGCUGCAGUCCCGUACAUUCCGUUCAAACAUAAACCAAUCAAGGUCACAAUCUGCUGUGUUUGUUUAGGUGACAUCAGUGAAGAAGAUGAUGAAAUUGUGGAGUGUGACAAUUGUGGAGCUUCUGUACAUGAAGGUUGUUAUGGGAUCAGUGAGAACCACUCCUCCUGCAGCACCGAGUCCUCAGCUAGUACUGAGCCAUGGUUCUGUGAUGCAUGUAAGGCAGGACUCAAACCAAUUUGUGAAUUGUGCCCAAACCCUGGAGGGAUAUUCAAAGAAACAGAUGCUGGGAAGUGGGUGCACCUGGUCUGUGCACUGUACACUCCUGGGGUAGCAUUUGGUGAUGUAGAUAAGCUGAGUCCGGUCACUCUUUUUGAGAUGCCUUACUCACGCUGGGGUGCAAGGGAAUGUACUUUGUGUGAAGAUGCCCGAUUCAGUCGUACUGGAGUCUGCAUCAGCUGUGAUGCUGGCAUGUGUAGAACCUACUUUCAUGUGACGUGUGCACAAAGAGAAGGUCUACUGUCUGAGGCCGCUCCAGAAGAGUGCAUGGAUAUCGCAGAUCCAUUUUUUGCAUAUUGUAAAAUGCAUGCAGAAAAAGUGAUGUCCAGGGCCAAGAGAAGAAAUUGGCUUGCCAUUCAGUCCCACAUCAGGAAACACCCAGAGAAAAAGAUAGAGGACGAAAAAGAGAAAACAAGGUUUGAAAGAAAGUUGAAGCGACACCAAGAAAAAUACCAGCAGGCUAAACUCAAAAGACCACCAUCAUGGGUCCCCACACAGAAACUUGUCAGACACUUAACCUCGAGUCCUGCUGCUGUGAAAAAAAUGUUGAGGAAAGCUGAACUCAUGGGAGUUAUUACACAGUCACAGCAUGUUACUCAUGAAAAGCAGGAAAUCAGGAAGAAAUCUUUUAUGGUGCCAUCUUUCUCAGUGGAAUUUAUCACUCACUUUCUUGAGAGAAACUCCAAAAUUGAGAAUACGAAGACAUGCAUGAAAGACAUAAAGUCACAAAAUGAAAAAUUACAAGAACAGGAAAAGAUUCUACGAAUGAAAUAUGAUCAGUUGUACUCGGAUGUGGAAGGCUUGAGACACUGUGCCAAUGAGAAAAGAAAGACGGGGGAGAAGUUAUGGAGCAUGUUGAAUGACUUGACUGACAAGAAAUUUCCUGUUCCUGAGGAGUUUAAAGUUCGCAAGCCCUCCCCAUCCCGGGUCAUCAAUCGUAAAAACAGCGUGACUUCACCGCCGGCCGUCAUACACAAAUGUGCGCUGUGCCACAAGACAAACAGCCAGCACCAGUUGGCACACUGCGACAGCUGUAAGGAGUACUAUCACUUGGGAUGUCUGGAUCCACCCCUCACACGCAUGCCAAAAAAAACCAAGAUCAUGGGCUGGCAGUGUUCAGAAUGUACAAAGUCCAGCAGUGGUGACUCUGAAGUAGAGACCAAAGAUCUCGAUGCCCCUCGCAAACUCCGAGAGAAAAUCAAGGAGCCUACGAAAUGGUCACCUGACAUGAAGUUCAAAUUUGAAUUUGAGAAGCUAACUAAGUACAACAUGAAAACCAAGAAAAGGAAGAAAAAGAAAAAAACAGGGAAACAAGGAGAUGAGAAUGAAGAAGAAUCUAAACCAAAGAAGCCCAGAACAUCAGGGGGAUCAUCGAGUAGGAAGGGAAAAGUGGACCAUAUUCCUGAGGGUCAGACGUGUGCUGUAUGCAACCAAUCAGGCGACAGCUCGGACAUGGUCAAGUGUGAUGAAUGCAUGCUGUGUUACCAUUUUGGAUGUCUGGAUCCUCCAAUGAAGAAAACUCCAAAACAGAGGGGAUAUUCCUGGCACUGUGAGGCCUGUGACCCUUCCAACAGCUCUGAGGAAGAUGUAUCACUCCUACCUGAUGAAGCCUGACCCCCCCCAAAAGCAUCUACUUUACUCUCUGGUCAACAUCGCAGUAAGAUGAUGGGCAUUCAGUGACAAUUACUGGUAUCAUGCAGCUGAAUUGUGUCAUCCGAUAAAAGUUUAAAAUGACACAAAAACAAUGUCUUUGUGUGUUGUACAUGUAUAUACAUUGGACACUUCUGUUAAAACCCGGAAUCCGAUGUAUUUUUGUUUUUAUCUUUGAUUUGAUUUAUUUUUUUGUUUAAUACCAUGAAAUGGAUUUUAUCAAAAUCAUUAUUGAAAAAAAAAUGGUUUCAUUUUUAUACAAAUAGGCAAAGCCUAAAUAAUUAAUUUAGAGCAUUAUUUAGGCUUUCAUGAAAACCUGGUUGUACUUGUUAAAUUAAAAAUGUGAUUUAAA